AUUUAAUAAAAUGGCAACUGCUGAAACAAUAGUAAUAAUAUUUUAAAUUAUAGAUUGCACAUGGAAUGCCUUCAAAAAAGGAAAUAAUAAGUUCUAAAAGAAUAUUUCCAGGUAUUUGAAAGUUUGAAUGAUUUAGAGUAACAUAAUAGAAAGGGAGCAUUUCAAUUAACGUGGGAAGUAUAAGGAGUAUUUCCAAAGAUUUCUUAAAAGAUUGGAGUAAAACCAGUACCAGAUGAUCCUCCAUUAGUAUAAAAUAUUUAAGAUUCAGCCUCCAAAACCAAAAUAUAUACCACCACCAUUGCCUUAGAAUUAUGUUCCUCCUCCAAUAAAAAAAUAAGGAAAGAAAACUGGGAAACCAUUAAUUGUACCUGAGAAAUAGAGUUUAGAAGAAAGCAUUGCAAAAAAAACAAUUAGAUAAAGCAGAAAAUCUCUAUCAAAUACAAAUUAUGGAAAAGAAAUUGGAGGUUUUUAUAGCAUGGAUAGAUGUUUUUUAAAACGUGAUAAAGAAUUUAUAAAAAAAGAAGUUAAAGGAUAUGGUAAAUAUGAUAUGAUUAAUAAGAGGUAAUUUUUAUGAGAAAUCUUCUGAAGGGAGAUUCGUUCAUGUACCAAUGCCUCCUUUAUCAUAUAAGUAUUAAUAUGUAGCUUCAACAGAAUUAUGAC